UCUGGGUUGAGCAGUGAAUGCUGGAAGUACAGGAGCUGCAGAAUUUGUGGGCUGCCAAUCGGGAUUUGCAAACACAUCCGGAGGAUACUAGGGGCUCUAUGGGCCUGUGUGCGAAUUCUUGGUGGUUGUUAGACAAUACUUGUGCUCGCCACCGCACCAGCUUAUACUGCACUUAUGGGACUCGCCACGUCACCAAGUCAUACUGCAGUGCUGGUAUGUGAAAGACCAGAAUGUACUAGACCACUAGUGCUCGCCAGUUCAACAAAAGGUACUAGUACUGGCACUCUGCUGCAUAUGAGAGUCAUCA